CAUGGUGUUUAUGUUUCAUGUUUAUGUUUGUUUUGCAUCUGCAACUUGUUAAUCGAAGACCCAUUUCCUCUGGUUCGCUCGCACCCUGUUUUGACAUCUCUGUUCUUUCAUGGAGAUGGGAUUGAAAGGACAUGGUUUAAAUGGCCAUCGUGAAACUGCAUCAAUGAAGCAUUUACUGUCUGAGAAAGAUUCGUCGGGUUCGGGUGCACAUGAUCUUUUCUUCGGGGAGCCAAAGAUAGUUCCUCGAGUUGGAGAUGAAUACCAAGUUGAAAUUCCAAUGCUACUGUCAAAUUCUGAGUAUGAAUCCUAUGUCAAGAACCCGAUUGAGGCAGAGUUUAAUUCAAAUCUUGUUCAUUUUGAUUCUGUUGUGGGUAAAUCAAACAUACCGCUUAUGUUGAUUGAGGAGAGCAUGAUUAAGCAUGAUGAUUUGGUUGUGGAAGAAACAGAUAAAAAAAUGGUUUCAAAAUCCUUAGGCAAUGACUACUGUCUAGUUCCUGGGGAAUGUGCUGAUACAUUUACAGAUGCUGAAGAGGCGAGUUUCAUUCUCGGGUUGUAUAUAUUUGGGAAGAAUCUUGUCCAGGUUAAAAGAUUAAUCGAGAAUAAAACAAUGGGUAAUGUUCUUUCUUUUUAUUAUGGGAAGUUCUACAAAUCUGAUGGAUAUCGUAGAUGGUUAGAAGGUCGGAAAAUGAGUAGCAGAAAGUUUGUUCACGGGCAUAGGAUUUUUGCUGGUCUGAGGCAACAAGAAUUUUUGUCUCGAUUAACUUCCAAAGUUCCCGGAGAAAUGAAAAGUGCAUUGUCACAGGUGUCAAAGGCAUAUGGAGAAGGGAAGAUGUCAAUGGAGGAUUUCAUCUUGAUUCUGAAAGCGAUGGUUGGAUUGAAGAAUCUCGUGGAAGCAGUUGGAAUCGGAAAAGGUAAGCAAGACUUGACUAGAGCUUAUCUGGAACCGUCAAGGUUCAAUAACAGUAAUGCAGCCCGGUCAGAGGUGAUGGUCCCGGUUGGAAAAGCAUGUUCAUCUCUUACGCAUGCAGAGAUAGUCGGUUUCUUAACAGGAGAUUUUCGGUUAAGUAAGGCUCGAACGAACGAUUUAUUCUGGGAAGCUGUUUGGCCUCGUUUGCUUGAACGUGGUUGGCAUUCCGAGCAGCCUAAGGAUUACAAUUAUGCAUCCACGACGAAGAAUCAGUUGGUGUUUCUUCUUCCAGGGAUUACGAAAUUCAAUAGGAGGAGAUUACUGAAGGGACAAGAUUUCUUGGAUUCUAUUAAGGAUGUUUUGAACAAAGUUGCAUUGGAUCCUAGCCUUUUCGAACUUGACAACGACAAAACUAAUAACGUAGAACUUCAGCAGCAGUGUUGUUAUCUUCAACCUCUGACAGACAACGAAAGGGAAAGGGAUGAUUCGAUGAUGAAGUUAACUGUUGUUGAUACGAGUAUGGCUCAUGAACAACCGUUCAAGGUCAGAGAGUUGAAAGCUUUACCAAUUGGUAUCUCAAUCAUAAGCCCCCGUCCAAAUCAUUCCAAGGAAACUUCGUCUGAAGAAACCAACUCUAAACCUGUAAAGGAAAAUCAAGAAGGAAACUUCUCAAGUUCAAAUUUGAAUUUAAAGAAAGGCUCCAAUACCACCAAGAGACUGAAUCAAGAAAACUCGGAUACUGUGGCUAAAGAACGCAAGAAGUUAGCUUCCGGAACUUCAAGAAGCAUGAAAAUAGACGCGAAGAGAAUCCCAGAAAACAAGUCUCACGAGAAAGCUGAACCAUCCCAAACAGUUAUUGAUCCGAAAAAAGAUGCUAUUGUUUCCAACACAACCGAAGACAUGAAUACUAGGAGACACAGUACGAGAAACCGACCUCCUACAAGGAGAGCACUGGAAGCACAUGCAAAUGGGUAUUUGAAAAUUGGCACUAAGAAGAUGGAUAAAGCAGCAACACCUCGACCCAAACUAACUUCAAGUUCUACAACUCCAACUCCAAACAGAGAAGUGUCUAGAACAUUCUUAGCCUCAAAUGCAACAGAUAAUACUCCUCAAGAUUGAGACUUGGCAAGAACAAUUUAUGACGAUCAGGGGGCGACUAUAAACCAUUUCUUUUAGUUUUACCCCGUUUAUUUUGUUUCUUUUAUGGCGGAUUGCCUUCUUUUUAGUUUCAUACCUAUAGUUUUAGACUUUUAGUCUAGUAAUAAACUACUAGAGAAAUGUGUAUUCAACCA